GAGAAGAGAGAGUCCGUCAGUGCUCCGUCCACUCGGAGUAAUUCAAGAACUCAGCUCUCCGUUUCCAAGACAGUCAACCGUAUCAGCGAUACAGUGAAAGCCGAUUAAAGGACAGUCUUCAAAUAGUUUUUUUCCCCCUUGUUUGUUCCUCUGCAGAAUCGGACUAACCGAGCCGCCGCUGCAGGACGCACCGGCGAGGUGCCAGCUGAAGUUGUUCACAGCUCAGCACGGGCAGCAGUCGGGGCUGGGAAGUUGCUCCCUCCAUCGCACCCUCAUCCAAUCUUAGGGACUCUGGCUGAAAGUUAUGCUUCUGACGCUGGUUGUAGCACAGACUUGCACAAUGAUAAGGAGACCCGGAGCUUUCUACGUGUGUGGAAAAUGAUCGCAACCAGCAGCGACCUUUCCAUUAUGGUGAGGAGAUGUCUUCUCACUUUCAAACCAUUCAGGAUCUUUGUGGUGGGGAUUGGCUUCUUCAGCCUGUGCUUUCUAAUGACCUCUCUCGGGGGCCAGCUCUCGGCCAAGCGACCCGGAGAUUCCCCCUUCACCGUUCGAGCAGAAGUACUUGGCGGCCAAGAGUCUCGUGGGGUGCUGAGAAAAAUCAGCGACAUGCUGGAAGUCAUUAUGAAGAGGAUGGACACUCUGUCUAAACUGGGUAACACUACAGACACCCACAGGCUGGAUGAGCUCAGCUCUGCACUGGACAGGAUUCAGCCUAUAGGGCUAGUGGAGCGCAUCCAGGCCAUAGCCCAGAACAUGUCUGACAUGGCAGUGAGGGUGGAGCAGAUCCUGCAGCGCAGCAUGGCUAGCAACAGAGGUAGGGACGGAACAUUAGGACAAUGUGAGAUUCCUAAAGAUCCCCGUUAUCCAGACUGUCCCAGCAAGAUGGAUUGGAUGCGAGCUCGUUGGACAUCAGACCCUUGCUAUGCCUUUUAUGGUGUGGAUGGCUCCGACUGCUCCUUCCUCAUCUACCUGAGCGAAGUUGAGUGGUUCUGCCCCCCACUGGCCUGGAGGAACCAGACUGUUACACCCACCUUGAAGCCUCUACCCAAGAGACAGGCUGUUUUCCAGUCUGACAUCGGGACUCUGCUGGAGCAGGUGGGCACCGGGAAGGAAUCACUGAGCUUCAUGAAGAGACGCAUACGCAGGCUGGCAGCGCAGUGGGCCUCUGCUGCUAGACGGCUGGAUGACAAGCUCCGCAACCUCUGGAGAGAGCAAAAAAGGAUUCUCGUCCAUGUGGGCUUUUUGACUGAGGAGUCUGGAGAUGUCUUCAGUCCCAAGGUGCUGAAGGGGGGUCCUUUGGGUGAGAUGGUGCAAUGGGCCGACAUCCUCACAGUGCUCCAUGUGCUCGGGCACAACCUCAAGAUUUCGUUUUCUCUCAAGGAACUGCACGGGUUUUUGGGUGUCCCUCCAGGAAGAGGAAGCUGCCCUUUGACAGGACCUCUGCCCUUUGACCUUAUCUACACCGACUACCAUGGCCUGCAGCAAAUGAAGCAGCACAUGGGUCUGUCACUGAGGAAGCACAAGUGCCACAUCCGAGUGAUUGACACCUUCGGCACUGAGCCUGCAUACAACCACGAGGAGUACGCCACUCUGCACGGCUACAGAACGAACUGGGGCUACUGGAACCUUCACGGCCAACAGUACAUGACCAUGUUCCCCCACACUCCAGACAACUCUUUUAUGGGUUUUGUGGCAGAGGAGCUGAAUGAGACGGAGAGACUGAACAUUCAGAGGAACAAGGUUAACAAUAUGGCGGUUGUGUAUGGCAAAGAAGCCAGCAUGUGGAAGCUUCAAGGUAAGGAAAAGUUCCUGGCCAUUCUGCAUCGCUACAUGGAGAUCCACGGGACAGUGUACUAUGAGACACAGCGUCCACCAGAGGUGCCUGCCUUUGUCAAGAACCAUGGUCUGCUGCCUCAGCAGGAGCUGCAGCAGCUCCUUAGAAAGGCUAAGCUUUUCAUUGGAUUUGGUUUUCCAUAUGAAGGUCCCGCCCCUUUGGAGGCCAUAGCCAAUGGCUGCAUCUUCCUACAACCCAAGUUUAAUCCCCCUCACAGCUCUCUCAAUCAUAACUUCUUCAGAGGGAAGCCCACCUCCAGGAAGGUGUCCUCCCAGCAUCCCUAUGCAGAGCAGUAUAUUGGCAGGCCUCAUGUCAUCACAAUCGACUUCAAUAACUCUGAAGAGUUUGAUGCGACCAUUCGUGAGAUCAUGAGGAUCAAUGUGGAGCCAUUCCUGCCCUAUGAGUACACCUGUGAGGGGAUGCUUGAAAGAGUUCAUGCCUACAUUCAGAACCAGGACUUUUGCUCUCCUCAAGCUCAGUUUCCUCCAGUAAACUUGUCUAGGACGUGGCUGGGCAGCCCUCCCAGCCCUUUCAUCCUCCUGCCCAACUCUAGCUUCCUAACCUGGGCGUCCAACGGCAGCUCCUACACAUCCUGGCCUCCACUCAGUGCGCUGAGGCUUUUGGCUUCGCUGGAGGGUCAAUCAUGUGUGAAAGCGUGUCAGAGUGCAGGACUAAUCUGCGAACCCGCCCUGUAUCGUUUCAUCAACAUUAAGGAGGCCUUCAGCGCGCUGGACUUCCAGUGUGAGGGACUGGAGUCAGAGAUGAACCACCUCUUCCCUGCCUUCUCAGCAGAACAUGCUGAAUGUGGCCUGCAGCAGGAUCCGCUGCUGUUCAGCUGCGCUGGCUCCAGUGCCAAAUACCAGCGCCUAUGCCCCUGCAGGGACUAUCGUAUCGGCCAGGUGGCAUUGUGCAGGGACUGCCUAUGACCACAGGAGCUCCUGGUGGACGGAGACGCUUUUCUAAUUCUUGGCGAGGUCCAGGAUGACCCAGGAGAUGCUCCUCUCUGACAAGAGGAAAAUACGGUAAAAAGCUGUAAUGACUGAAAAAAUAAUGACUCUUUUCCCUUACCUCUGACCCAGGACUGGCCGCCAAAGUAGGUAAAGUGGUAAUAACCUCUCAGGGAACUGCAUGAUUGUACUUUGAAUCUGGUGGGUUUGAAACCUCAGUUUAAAGGUUCACAUGGCACCACAGUGACUACAGAAGUCAUGAUGAAAUGUGUCAUUUGAUGGAUCAGUUAGUUUAGUAAAGAAAUCAUGAGCAAUCAAAAGGAAAGAGUGAUCACAAAAAAAUGUUGCUAAUGCUUGAAUUUCAUAAGUGUGUUUUUCAGUGUUGUGUGAAUAGCUACAGUAUCUUAGUGGAGUUUGGAUAUUUGUACUAGUUGCACCGAAAGCCAUUUACAGCGUGCUGAGAUGUACUAUUUUACAUGUCCUGUAAUGAAUAUAUUUGUACAUAAGUGUUGUUUAAUAAAAUUCAGGGGAAAAACAUGUUGCCAUUAUUUAUAAGAUUA